AUGAAUUUCUCAAAUAUUCUCGUGAUCUUAAUCAUUUUCUCCCUGUAUUGUUUCAUUUGCUUAGCAGACAACGACCCUGAGGACUACCUAGACGCGCACAACGAGGCUCGUGAAGAGGUUGGGGUCGGUCCACUCGAAUGGAGCGACACCCUCGCAGAAUAUGCUGAGACUUAUGCCCAAACGAGGAUCGAACAUUGCAUAAUGGAGCACUCCGGCGGGCCUUAUGGCGAGAAUAUUUCCGAGGGUUCCGACACGGAAAUGGAUGCUGCAGUUGGUGUGAAAAUGUGGGUGGAUGAGAAGAUAAACUAUAAUCACGAAACCAACGAAUGUGAAAACGGUGAAUGCUUGCAUUAUACACAGGUUGUUUGGAAAAACACUACUCAUGUUGGCUGUGCUAGGGUGAAUUGUCUGAGUGGAUGGACGUUUAUCACGUGUAACUAUGACCCACCAGGAAAUUAUGUAGGUCUGAAACCUUACUAG